AGGUAGUGAAAAAUACAAUUGCAAUGCAGGGUAUGGGUUGAUAUUCACAAUUUUCUAUCUUCCAUUUAGGCGAUUGAGUUCGUCUUUUGUGUAAUUAGAGAGGAAUAGAUAGACAUUUCUCGCCUGGGCUCUUAAAAAAUAAACCGACGUUUUUGUUGUUGUUGUUGUUAAAUAUUUUGUUUCCUCUCUGGUUCGAAGUUCUCAGUCUUGAGAUUGCGGCAACACUUUGAGAGUGGGAGAGAGAAAGAGAGAGAAGGGAAGCGCGUGGCGCCCGGUACUUAAGAAGACUGCCACUGGUGGUGGAGUGGAUUUAUCGUGAGAGCUUCCCUACCUGUAGGACACUCCAACGGGGCCCUCACAAAGAUCUAGCUCAGUCAGACUAUUGAAAGGGGGGAACUUGGUUGGUCCACUCAUUCAUUCAUCGACUCACUUGAAGCAACGAGUACUUGAUAAGCGCUCUCCAUACCAGAUAGAGAGAGUCCUUGUCUUUCCCUCUCAUCGAGCUAGGGAGCUUCUGACUGUAUCAAGCCUCUUCCAGUGCCGUUGAUGCCUGGUUUAUCUUCUUCCAAGAGAUGUCAUAUAGCCCCAAACAGACCACUUCGUUCUCUGUCGCUGAUAUCCUAACGCCCCUUGAAGAGAGCUUCAGACGGUCUAUGUUAGAUAGUCCAGGAUCCGCCUUCCCAUCGGUCUUCUCAGCCGCACCCAGCAUGCAAUCAGCUUACCGCUCCCCGCAACAUUCGGCUCAUCAGGGCAUGCAGGUCUCGCCGAUGAACAUGGCUUCGGCCAACAACCCGUAUGCCCACAUGCACGUCCCUCAGCUUUCCCACAACUAUUGCAACGGAUCGGUCGGGGAGCUUAGCCAGCACUACAGCGACCAUCGGCCGUCAGCCGCGAGCUGGUAUCACGGUGCCAGCUCAGACCCACGUUUUACAAUUGGCAGUGGAGACCUCGGCAAGCCACUACUCCCGUCCCAUCGCCGAAAGCGCAGGGUGCUGUUCUCGCAAGCCCAGGUGUACGAGCUGGAGCGGCGCUUCAAGCAGCAGAAGUACCUGUCGGCCCCGGAGAGAGAACACCUCGCCAACCUCAUCAACCUCACCCCAACCCAAGUCAAGAUCUGGUUCCAGAACCACCGCUACAAGAUGAAGAGGCAAACCAAGGAGAAGAACAUGCAGGAUAACAACACCAUUUGUCACCAGUCGCCUCGACGGGUGGCGGUUCCAGUGCUGGUGAAAGACGGUAAGCCUUGUAAUGGAAGCAGUGGAGGAGGGGGUAAUACAGGGGGAGAUUUAACCGAUGAUGAUGACCGGAGUCUCAGUGGGCAGGUAGAAGGGGUGAGCGACCAGGGUGUGGUUGGUGGUCCCCAGCAACAGCAGCCGCAACAACAGCAGCAGCAAGGUAACGUGACACAAUCCAUGUCGUCACAGCAGACCGCUGCAAACCACCACGCCAGUAUGAAAGCCAGUCCCGUGGAGCCAAGCUCGUGCGGUAUCCCCAUCAGCAUCCCAUCCAGCGACUCCGGCAUCGGACUCAGUCCUGUCUCCGUCCACGCGCAUCACCAGCAUCCUAUGAGCCAAGCUUCGCUACAUCAUCAGGCAAGUGCCAUGCACAGUCUUUAUAGCCCCAGUGCAGGGGCUGCUGGAAUGACCCAUAAUGGUGCUGUCAAUAACAUGUCGGCAACGGCUCCAUUUCUCCUUCACGGAAGAACAUGGUGAAAGUCAUCAUAAUGAACAAAGAUUCCGUGAAGAGAGAAAAUAAAACUGUUGAGAAAUCCGACCAAAUCUAUUGUCCCUCACUUAAGAUUUAAUGAUAUCACAUGUGAAUAAAAAUGCCCUGCAGAAAUAAUCCAUGCUUGCACCACACAAUAGUCAUGGAAACGAUAAAUUAUUAAAGGGAAAGUAGAUGAAUUACCUCCUACAAUUUGCACCAUGUAAGAAUAACAAACCAUUGUAAUGGCAAACACAAUUUGAUUAUAUAUAAUUUAUAAUAUAUCCAUAUAUUAUAUGCUGGUGAUAAAACUUAUCUUUGAUAAGCCUCCUAAGGCCGAUUGGGUUAAAUUCCAAAUGUUCUUUAAUGGUUUGAUUUUGUUUACAAAAGUAAGCCAUUCUAUGACAAUUUUAAAACCAGCAUUAUUAUCCGGCAAUUUGCAGUUUUCAUUGGUUUUACCGAGACUUACGUGAAGUAAGUAAUUUAUAGUUUGUUCAGCAAUGUUUUAUUCACUGUAUCAAGCAUAGAUCCUUCCCCAUCACAAAAUAUGGAUAAGGAGUUAAAACGGGAUUUUGAGAAUAUUUCUUUUCAUGUGUGUCAAGAAAUAAUAAUUGAAUGGGUUAGAAGAUUAUAGCAAAACAAGGGGUUGUCUCAAAAUUAGUCGCCCAAAAUGAAUUAUUUGUUAAUUUAAAACAAAAAAAGGAAUGGUGGUUCUGUGGCAAACUUUAUAAUUACUUCUAAUCUGCUUUCUUGUUGGAUGCAAAUAGAAUAAUUACAAUGAUUAUUUCAACAAAUGUAUUAUCAUCAAUAUUUUUAUUAAUAUUCCUAUCAUCACAAAAGACGGUUUUAAAAGCUGUGAAGUAUAGCUUGUCGGGUUAUCUCAUAUAACUAAAUGUUAUUCCACAUUUUCGUUUGUAAAUAGAUUUUUCAGGUACUAGAAUUUAAACAAAAUGUGGUGGGCUCUUCUUUUCAAAGAUAUUGGCAGGGAUAUAAUUUUAUCUUUAAUGACAACCAAGAAAUAGCUCUUCAUGGAUGAUUCGAAACAUAAAAAGAGCAGUUCUUUUGUACAUGAUAUAGAUUUCUUUUUUCUAUGGUCCGUUUUCUUGUUUAUUGUACAGAAAAAAAUGUUGAAAAUAUUGAUUUUGUCUGGUAUAUGUGUAAAGAUAAUUCUUUUGAGACGGAUAUCAAUCCCGGUGAUUGACAUACAUGUCAAAUGAAAUGUUGUAAUUUAUUGAUUUAUGUCUCCUAUUCCAUAUGAAUUUCCUUGCUUAAAUAAUAAUUGAAUUUUGUGUUACGUCUUUAUCGUAUACGAUUCCUCCGUCUUUGUUUAUUUUUUAAUUCUUAAUCGCAUUUCAAAAUUCGAACGGUGUAUGCGAUUUUCUUGUCCAGUUAGAUGUAAAAUGUGAAUUUUGCACAUACCCCAAAUUAAGCAUUACGAAUGAAAAUAUUUCAAGAUUCAGAAAAUGAACGAAACUUUAGCAAUGUAAAACUCAUUCUACAAUCUCAGCAGCAUGUUAUUAUCAUUAUUAUUAUAUUCAAAGAUCCACAUAUUUUUGCAUGACAUGUGAGUUUGGGAACGUACAUCAUUAUACGUAUUUUAUUUCUAAACGUCGACAAUAUUUAAUUUUCCAUUUUCGUUCGCGUUUGCGUUCUACAGUAAUUUGCCUUCGUUGCUAUAGUUACCGGUCAUAUCGGAUAAUAACAAGAUGAGACACAGUACUCAGUCCGUUGAAUUUGAACAGAUAUCAGUCAUGAGUAUUUCAUGUUUAUUGCUCUGUUUAUUCAAAUAGUCAACGUCCACUUUCCAUAAAUGAUAUCAAAAAUAUAGUUUGGUUCGUUACAAUGGUUUUGACGCAUUUCUAACAAAUUUAUUUAUCCAUUUUAUUUUCCUACGCGUCAGUACAGUCGGUACUGUAGAACCAAGUAAAAAUUAUUUUAUUUUAUUUUAUUUUAUUUUAUUUUAUUUUAUUUUAACUUGACAUUUUUACCUAAUUUAACGCCUCAAAUUUAAUGAAACCUUAGAUAUGAAGACAUUUAUUCAGCUUGCUGCAUUCAAUAAUGUCUAUCAAAAUUAACCUAGUGCAAUUGAGGAAUAGGUUCAACCGUAGAAUCAAAGGAGUGUAUACCCCUAAUAUCGAAUUCCUUGUAUUCGUUUCACAUUAACGAGGUAUCUAGUUUAGAGAAAGGAAUGAAAAUGCAAAUACAUGUCAUAUAAUUACAAAUCAGUAAUAUUAAUGACCCGUGUUGGUUAAAGUUUCGAUGUUAUAAUGAUCUCAGUUGAGCUCGUCAGAAGCCAUGUACAUGUCAAUUCCACUUUCCUGUAUACACGGUUCAUGUCAAAUGUCUUUAAUAAUACCUUGGUCACAACACCGGACCGACUCCAAACCGACGCUAAACCAGCCUAUUAGUGACCAUUCGGUCUAGGAUAAAUCUUUGUUCGGUCUGGAAUCGGUCUCGUUGGUGUGAUUGGAGUAUCAUUUUUUGUUUCAAAUCCGAAUCGCUAUCAAAAUGGUUUGUUUAAGCUAUGACGGAAGAAGGUGUUUUAUGUUUUGUCCUUUAUUAAAUUGGAGAAUCACACGUAGAAAA